GGAAGCUGUGAAGUGGGUGUCGCUCCUUGUUCAUCAACCUCGAGUUGAUCUAAAUUACUCAGUCGUAGUGAUGGAAGACACCACCUUUCCCGCCGGGAUCACCGACAUGGAGGUUGGCGGAGUCGUCUUCGGCGCGUCCGCGACGCCUCCACACUCAUCAAAGAUCCUCUUCCUCGGUGGUGCCGCCCUCCCGUUUCCACCCACGCCGUCGAUCACCCGCUGGUCACCACCGGCGACAUGGAUCCCCUCCGCCUACUCCUCCCCCGCGCCCAGGCCCAGCCCUUGCUUCCGCUCCCCGAUGGCGUCCCAGCGCCGAGCGUUAGGCCCCGCCUCGUCCCGCGGCGACGGGCGCGCCGCCACCGCAACGGGGCCGCGCGGAUGCUGCCGGCGUCGGCCGUGGCGUCCGAGUCGCCGUGGACGGAGCAGGAGCCGGCAUCCGGGGAGAAGGAGGAGCGGUUCAACUGGCUGGACCAGUGGUACCCCUUCGCCCCCGUGGAGGACCUGGACCCCGGCGCGCCGCGCGGCAAGAUGGUGCUGGGGAUCCGUGUGGUUGCCUGGUACGACCGCGGCGCCGGCGAGUGGCGCGUGUUCGACGACGCGUGCCCGCACCGCCUGGCGCCGCUCUCGGAGGGCCGCAUCGACGACAAGGGCCGGCUCCAGUGCGUGUACCACGAGUGGUGCUUCGACGGCCGCGGCGCCUGCAAGUUCAUCCCCCAGGCCCCCGCGCUCGGCCCGCCAGUGCACACCAACAGGAAGGCAUGCGUUGCGUCCUACCCGUGCGUGGUGCAGAACAGAUCCUGUGGUUCUACCCGCGCGCCGGGCCGGAGCACAGGGACGUGCUUCAGAGGAAGCCGCCGCCGUUCAUCCCGGAGAUCGACGACCCCGCCUUCGUCACCUCCUUCCUAGUCAGGGACAUGCCCUACGGGUAAGUCUACCGCGCGCAGCUCCAUCGUGUUCCUUUACCGAGAGGUUGUCUUUCCUUCUCCUUACCGAGAGAGGGGGUAGGCCAUGGUCAACAACUACUUCUUCUCAUGUUUUUUUCAUUACACUCUUUAAAGUUCUCUAUCGAUGCCGUUCUAGGAAGUUGACCGGCACCGAGA